UUCUGUGUCCAAUUACUUCCUACUGGCUACUCUGUGUUUGGACUGUUUUGAACCGCAAGGCUCAUCAUCGAUGAUCGAAUAAAUAAUAAUUGCAGAAGAAAUGUGGUAAAACCAGUACUGUGCUUUUUUUCGUGAAAUAUAUCAUUGGUCCAUUGCUAACUUGGUAAUAGACGUAUCAGACACUAGAAAGCCAAGUAUAUUGUUAUUGGAUUGAGUGUAUUAUCUUGAAAUCAUGUUACAUCGUUUUAUUUCUGCUGUAUUUCAACCAUUUAAACAAGGGCUUUUCUUGGCUCAGCCACCCAGUUCUAACCUAGUAAAGCCAGAAUCGUGUUUACUGUCUUUAGUACGCACAAAAGUACGCUGUUACUUUCCUCGUCCUAAUGAAGUAAAAAGAGUUCGUCGGCAUGGCUGGGAAAAAAGAAUGUCCUCACAGAAUGGUCGCAGGGUUAUUAUGAGAAGACUUCUAAAAGGCCGUCAUGUACUUACACAUUAAUAUUUUUUCUAUAAUGUGAAGAAGUAAUGUUAAUAAUAUACAGUUAUAUAAACAUUAGAUUUAGUAAUUAAACCAUAUUAUUUUUAA